CUGAAUGUCUGUCAGUGUCUAACGCAAAAACUCCAUUCUCUUUCCCUUUGAUAAGUAAUGGAAACGAAAAUGUGCAUGUGAAUCUUAAUUUGUCCUGUAUAUUGUUUUAUUUAUAUUUAGUUUAAAAUUUAAAUACCAAACCACCUCGGCGACUGUUAGACACUAUGUCGCACAGAGACUCCGGACCUAUUCCAAAUAGGUGGCUGAAAUGCCCACGAAAAGCAACUGGAUUGGUAGCAGGGAAAUUCCUGGCUUUUAAAACUCCUUUGGGUUCCCAAUUCAAUGAUAAAGUACCAGAGGAAAACCGUUUCACACCUUCUAUGCUAUUUGUCUAUAUGAAAGCUCUGAAGGUGAAACUGGGACUAUGGGUAGAUCUUACUAAUACCAGCCGAUUUUACAAUAAACAAGAAAUUGAGGAUAUGGGCUGCAAGUAUGUGAAGAUGCAAUGUAGAGGCCAUGGAGAAACACCAUCUGCUGACCAAACAAAGUUGUUUAUCGAGCUUGUAAGUAGAUUUUUAAGCAAAAAUCCUUUAGAAGUAAUAGGAGUCCAUUGCACACAUGGGUUCAACAGAACUGGUUUCCUGCUAGUUUCAUACAUGGUGGAACAAUUGGAUUGCAGUGUGGAAGCAGCAUUAAGUGAAUUUGCAAGAUUGAGACCACCAGGAAUAUACAAGCAGGAUUAUUUAGAGGAGUUGUACAGGAGAUAUGAUGAUGCUGAAUUUACACCUGCUGCUCCAUUGAGACCAGAUUGGUGUAAUGAAGAAGAAGAAAUAGACUAUGAUGAUGAUGAUGACAGACCGAGUAACUCACAAGGCGAAAGCAAUUCAUCUCAAGGAUCAUCAGGUCACAAACACAAAAAGGGUAGACGGGAAACUACCCAUAAGAAAGCUUCAUUUAUGCCCGGUGUUCGGGGUGUUAUCCCCUUCGACACGCAGCCGCGACUCCACGAGGUCCAGAAGAAAACACAGGAAUAUUGCGAAUGGGAAACCACAGGAUUCCCGGGCUCACAGCCUGUGUCAAUGAAUGUGGCCAACUUGAAGAAGUUGCACCACAAACCGUACAGGGUGUCGUGGAAAGCUGACGGUGUUAGAUACAUGAUGCUCAUCGACGGUGAAGGAGAGGUGUACAUGUUGGACAGAGACAACUGCGUUUUCAAAGUUUUUGGCUUAAAAUUCCUACAUAGAAAAGAUCUUAGAAAGCAUUUAAAGAAUACUCUUUUAGAUGGCGAAAUGGUAAUAGAUAAAGUAGGCGAUAAAGAAAUACCAAGAUAUUUAUGUUAUGAUAUAAUAAAAUUCGAAGGUCAAGAUGUGGGCAAGAUGGCGUUUUUCCCCGUUAGACUCAACUGUAUAGAAAAUGAAAUCGUCAAUCCCAGGCAUCAAGCGAUGAAGGAAGGCAUCAUAAAAAAGGAGAAAGAACCGUUCAGUAUACGUUUGAAACAGUUCUGGGAGUUGCCGAUGGCUCAUCAGUUGCUCGGAGAGAAGUUUGCCAAAACACUGUCCCACGAACCGGACGGACUUAUAUUUCAACCGUCUAAGGAGCCUUACGUAGCUGGUAGAUGCGACGAGGUGUUAAAAUGGAAGCCGUGCAAUAUGAACAGUGUUGACUUCAAGCUUAAAAUUGUUAUGGAGGGUGGGCAAGGAAUGUUGACUACAAAAGUAGGACAUCUCUACGUUGGAAAAUAUGAUCUCCCGUUCGCCUCUAUGAAAGUAACAAAGGAAUUAAAAGACCUUAACAACAAGAUAAUAGAGUGCACUUUUAAGAACAACAAAUGGGUUUUCAUGAGAGAGCGGACGGAUAAAUCUUUUCCUAACAGUUAUACUACAGCUGUAGCUGUGUGCAACAGUAUAAAGGAGCCUGUAACUAAAGAAAUUCUAUUGGACUUUAUUGACCAUCACAGAUUCCAUGACGAUUCAGAUAUGAUGCCUCCCCCGAAGCGCAUGCGUCGAUAGCUUACUUAGCUUAAGAGUAUGUUAAUAUUACUUGUAAGAUAUUUUGAUUACUAAGUUAAGCAGUACUGAUUUAUGUAGGCUCUAGAGAUAUGCAGUAAUAUCUAACAUUACUUUUAUAUAAAUAAAAAACCCAGCAUGCCCUUUCAAAACUCAAACCAAUGGUAUUUGUACCUGAUUUUACCCAGACAUUUUUAAAUUCAAAAUAAUUGAUGUUUUCCUGUGUCAAUGUGAAGUAUUGUUUUUGGGAUAAGUACCAUUAUAUUUUAAGAUAUGAUCUUAUUAGUUGUUGAAUGGAC